AUGAUGACGGAAGAUGAUGACAGUGACGAUUUAGAGGGAGACUUAGAAUUGAACGAAUUUGUUGAUAAAAUAAAAUGCUUCCAAUCAAAAUCUGCCAAGAAAAUCCGUAAAUUGAAAGAACAACUGGCCCAGAAAGACGAAAUAAUCUUCAAUUUACGAAAAGAGCUGACGAAAGCCCAGGACGAGCUGAAAGCCCAGAAUGUCUCAGAUCCAGACCUUGAAGAGCUGCAAAUAAUCUCCCCAAGCAAAAAGAAGCGCGCAAGAGGAUCAAUAAACCAUGCGUCCAAUAGGUCAAAUUCUGAAGAAGAAGUUCUCUCCAGCGCGAAAAUUUCAUCUCGUUCGAAGAAAAUCCUGAAAACGGAUGAAAAACCCAGCAGAAAUAUCAGUACAAGUUCAAAUGGAAAUCAGAUGGUAGCGUCGAAACUGCUCAAUCUAAAGCCCAAAGAAACAUUACCUGUUCCGAAGAAAUCUCGUUCACAGGCGGACAGAAGAUCAGUCUAUUCUAGUCGUUCUCGCCAAUCUUCCAAAGAGAAAACUCAAGACAUCUCCCAACACUUCAUCAAAAAGUCCUCCAAAGUUACUCCAGAAAAGUCGGCUCCACUGAAUAUUUUGUACUCGCCGCUAGAUGACAUCGAAUUAAUCGACUCGUCCGAAGACGAUGACAUGACGCAAAUUUCCUUGCUCCACAAAACUGGGAACCAAACUGAUACUCAACAUUUGAUGAACCCGUCGCCAGCAACUGCGAAUGGAAUGGACAGUCGGCUAGGAAACUGGCUCAAGAAUGUGCAGGAAAACUCAAAGAAACGCAAACACGCUGCUAGUCCUAAACCAGCUCGGCAGUCAAGGAGCAAAGCCGACUUGAAAUCGAUGAUAAGUGACGACGACGAGACAAUGUGUCAAACGUCCAAAAUCUACAGAGCAAGUUCCAAGUCACGAUCUCGCUCGGUUUCUCCAAAGCCGAGCUACUCAAAGAACGACGUUACGGGCGAAGAACUGCUUUUCGGAGGAGCAAGUCAGACGCCAAAAAGAGAAGAUUCCGACACAGAGGAAAACGAAAUGGCGCAGAAAAAGAAGCAGCGAUUUGUUGGAAAUAUUCCAGUGGACACGCAAGGAAAGAGGAUCAACGAAAAGAUAAAUUUCGAUUUGAUCGAACGAGCCAAGUUCAACCGACUGAAUGAUUCUGAUCUGCUCCGCCAGCCUCCCUCUCCAUCCCUCGAUGGCAGCCAGUGGGAGCCUCGUUAUCCGGAAAAUAAUUUCGACAAUUUCUGGUGCACGGAUGAUGAUAAACGAUUGCCAAUUUCAAGUCAGCGAAGGCGACCCCAUAUUUGA